CGAGGUUACAAUAAGACAUCUGUAUUCAAGUCGAUUCAUCUGACAACGUACGCUACGUGUUCCAAAGUUUCCGUCGAAACAGUCAAGAUCUACGCAGGACCAUGCUUCGAAGACAAGCUCGUGAGAGGCGAGAGUACAUCUUCCGCAAAUCGCAGGAAUCCCAGGAGAAGCAGAUAUACGAACGCAAACAGCGUAUCAAGGAGGCUCUGGCUUCCGGUAAACAGUUACCAACCGAACUUCGAAACGAGGCGAGGACUCUGGGUGGGAAAGACUUGGUGUUAGAUGAGGCUCAGAACGAGCCGGGCUCUUCCAUCGACGAUGAAUACGCAAAGGUCGGCUUAUAUGAUCCGAAGAUUGUCAUCACCACCUCGCGAGAUCCGUCAUCCAGGCUAUUGCAAUUCUCAAAGGAGCUACGGCUGGUAUUCCCGAAUUCAUAUCGUAUCAACCGAGGAAACUACGUUGUCAAGGAACUGGUCGAAGCCUGUCGAGCGAAUGAGGUGACCGAUUUGGUCAUGGUACACGAACAUCGAGGAAUCCCCGACGCCAUGAUCAUCACCCACCUUCCUCAUGGACCAACAUUAUCCCUCACGCUACACAACGUUACUCUACGACAUGAUAUUGCAUCUCACUCGACUUCUACCGUUUCGGAACAAUACCCGCACCUCAUCUUCGAAAAUUUCUCGACGACUCUCGGCGGUAGGAUCAAGGCGGUCCUGUCGGCAUUGUUUCCAGUCCCCAAGGAGGAUGCCAAGCGAGUGAUGACGUUCGCAAAUGAAGAAGACUUUAUCAGCUUCAGACAUCAUGUGUUUGUCAAGAAUUCGCAUAAGGACGUCCAGUUGGCCGAGGUUGGUCCGCGAUUCGAGGCUAAGCCCUACGAAAUCCGAUUGGGCACCGUUGACCAGACAGAAGCAGAUGUAGAGUGGUUGCUUAGACCGUACCAACGUACCGCUCGCAAGCGUAAUUACAUCUAGGUUUCCGUUCUCGACCGUUCCGGCGGCAAAUGUUUGUACAGAUCGCAUCCCGUUGUAAAGAUACAUGUAUGCUGGACGCACAGAGAGAUCUCUUGCUCUGUUAUUUUACAAGAGACGCAUUUUACGUCGACGUCACGCUCAUGGCAUCGCCCUCGCUCUCGUCUUCGCUACCGCUCUCGGCGCUGUCGCCAUCAUCGUCUGAGCCGCUAA